GUAGCCCUGGCGACUGUAACCCACCAACAACAACCUCUCGCUCCAUCAUUACCACCUCCUCCACCAUCCUCAUCUUCAUCAACCAGUCCUCAGCUCAGGCGCCAUGCAGACCCCCGAGGCAGGCGCUGACUCCACCUCCACAGUCCCUCUUCAGACCACCGUGCCUGUCCAGCCUACAGGCUCCACCCAGCAGGGGCCUGUCCAGCAACAGGCCCAGACCGUUCAACAGGUCCAGCAUGUUUACCCAGCACAGGUGCAGUAUGUGGAGGAAAACAGUAGCGUCUACACUAAUGGCAACAUAAGAACCUACUCGUACUCAGAGCCGCAGCUGUACAGCCAGAACAGUGGCGGGAACUACUUUGACACGCAGAGCAGCUCAUCACAAGUGUCCACUGUGGCGACGUCUCAUGGCAUGACCAACAACGGAGGCGGGGGCAGUGGAGGAAUGAGCAUGAAUCUGGCAGGGGGUCAGGUCAUCAGCACCAGCCCUGGGGCUUACAUCAUGGACAACGCUGCACCCCACCCUGUCAGCCAGACGGCACGCGCCUCCCCGGCCACUAUUGAAAUGGCGAUUGAGACUCUCCAAAAAUCUGAGGGUUUAUCCAGUCAGAGAAGCUCGCUGCUCAACAGCCAUCUCCAGUGGCUGUUGGACAACUAUGAGACAGCAGAGGGCGUAAGUCUACCACGAUCCACCCUCUACAAUCAUUACCUGCGCCACUGUCAGGAGCAGAAACUGGACCCUGUGAACGCAGCCUCUUUUGGUAAACUUAUCCGCUCCAUCUUCAUGGGACUCCGUACAAGGCGCCUAGGGACAAGAGGGAACUCCAAAUACCAUUAUUAUGGUAUACGUGUGAAACCCGACUCGCCACUCAAUAGGCUCCAAGAAGACAUGCAGUAUAUGGCCCUCAGACAGCAACCUGUUCAGCAAAAACAGAGGUUCAAGCCGGUGCAGAAGUUUGACGGCUGCUCAGGGGAGACGUACUCAAGUGGAGGCCAGCACCUUCCUGGUGCAGAAGAGCAGACAGUCAUUGCACAGAGUCAACACCACCAGCAGUUCCUUGAUGCUUCGCGGGCACUCCCUGACUUUGUAGAGCUGGACCUGGGACCGAGCAAUACGGAGAACGUCAGCCCAGAGGAUGUGAAAGCUCUCCAGUCCCUUUACAGAGAGCACUGUGAGGCCAUCCUGGAUGUGGUUGUCAACCUCCAGUUCAGUCUAAUUGAGAAGUUGUGGCAGACGUUCUGGCGUUAUUCUCCCCCUGACUCUGUAGAGGGUGCCACUCUAACAGAAAACAGCAGCUUAAGUGAGAUUGAAGCGCGGCUUCCCCGUUCACAGCUACUGGAACUGUGCAGGAACGAGACUGUGCUCAAAUGGAUGAGUACCUGUGACCAUCUAAUGUACCAGGCCCUUGUGGAGAUCCUCAUCCCUGAUGUCCUGAGACCCAUUCCCAGUGCCUUGACUCAAGCCAUUCGCAACUUUGCCAAAAGCCUGGAAGGUUGGCUCAAUAAUGCCAUGAAUGCCAUUCCACAGAGAAUGAUCCAGACCAAGAUUGACGCUGUUAGUGCCUUUGCGCAAACACUGCGCAGAUACACAUCUCUGAACCACCUGGCUCAGGCGGCACGUGCUGUUCUGCAAAACACGUCACAGAUUAACCAGAUGCUGAGCGAUCUCAACCGUGUUGACUUUGCCAACGUACAGGAACAGGCAUCAUGGGUGUGCCAGUGUGAGGAGGGGGUUGUUCAGCACUUGGAGCUGGACUUCAAGGCCACGCUACAGCAGCAAAGCUCUCUGGAGCAGUGGGCAGCUUGGCUGGAGAAUGUGGUCACUCAGGUGCUCAAGCCUUACGAGCACCGGCCCAGCUUCCCCAGGGCAGCUCGACAGUUCCUGCUCAAGUGGUCCUUCUACAGUUCUAUGGUGAUCAGGGACCUGACCCUUCGCAGCGCUGCCAGCUUUGGGUCCUUCCACCUGAUUCGCCUGCUGUACGACGAGUACAUGUUUUACCUUGUGGAGCAUCGGGUGGCUCAAGCUACAGGAGAGACGCCCAUCGGAGUCAUGGGGGAGUUCGACAGCCUCACCACGCUGUCCCUCUCUAACAUCGACAGAGAUGAAACCAGCGGGAUGGACAGCGACUUAGAAGACGACUUGGAGGAGACCGGGGAGCCUCUGGCGAAGCGAGAAAAGUCUGAGCACGAGGUGAUCCAGGUGAUCCAGGUCGGGGCCCUCGAGGACGGAUCCCACCCUGUCGUGGGGGUCGUCCAGCCAGGCGUCCUCCACUCGCUGCCCCAGCCCCAGCAGGACCACACUGAACACAUUCUGACCCCUUCUGCCGCCACUCCCACCAUCCGCCACUGCAGCGCCACCGGCAACACCUACGCCUCGGUCUGAGGGUGCGAGGGCGCGGCCGACCGUCGUUCGGCCCGUGUUGCCGACUCACUCCCCACAUAUCUUUCUCUCUGUAAGUCUCGAUGUUUCCGUCUUGUCCACGCGUCGUCUCCGACACGCUCUCCUCUCCAUAUCUGCAGCUGUCAGUGGGGGGAGUGCUGAGAUGAUGAUACUCUGGCCAAGAUGUGCGGUCCGAUUGCUUAGAUUCUGGAUGUGGUGUCGGCCCGUGAAGGUGCGCUCUAUCGCAAUGCGGCAACGUGGAGGAGGACUAAUCUGACCCGUUAAAUGUUUUCCUGCCUUGGCAUGACUCCAGGCCUCUGUCUGUCGAAACAGACGGGUUUUGUCUUAAAGGGAAAGUCCACUCUUUCAAACUACUGACGUCUCAGAGCUCAAAUCCAUGUCAGUCCCAGUGGUGGAAAGUCAUCGAUUUAAGACCUUCACCUUUUGUAAAUAGUUUUGCUGUACUUUCAAUUGGUGUUACCCAAAAACUCAUGGUGCUAUCAUUGUGUUUUGUUUUGAUUUGAGUUCCACUCAUCCCUCCUAAUUUGAGCAUGAUUUAUGUCCACAUGCAUUCCAACUGCUGAUAAACAUUUGGCUGAACAGAAAUAUUUUGAGUAUUUGUAUGUAGCUGAAGAAAUAAAAGGGAGGGCGUUCUAUGUAUGCGUGGCAUUUGAAAAAGGAUCAUGGGGCAGUUUUGUCUUUUCUGUUUCGAAAUCCAUGCGGUCGCCUCCCACUGACGACCACGUCUAGAUUUUAGCCACGGAAAAAGAACCCCCCGAAAGAAGUAUCUGUGCUGCUAUUUGUGUAUAUAGAAAUGAGAUUGAGAAGACCAGCUGUACAGAACCACUUCCUCAACGCUAGCUUUGCUGUGCACUCCGUGCAUAACGCUCGCCUUUCAUCUUUGUAGAUGCUCUGUCGUGUCGUUCACAUGACCAGCGCAACAAUUCACUGGCCGUGUUCCCCUGUGUGCGUGGGUUUUUUUUUUUGUGUGCAGUUUCCGUCGUAACGAAAUCUCUUAAGUUGACAAAGGACCAAAAACAAACCAACAAGAGGAAGCUGAGAGGAGAGCGGUCUCCUGCCCCACAGUGCCAUGUCGCGGAGCAGAAGGAAUGUCAGGGAUUUAAUGUACCUCGGCUUUAUCAUAGUGCCUUAUCCUUCAAUGCAGCGGUCCUUGUCGUCCUGACUGCGCUGCAGAGAGCCCACAGCCGCGCUGCAUUGGCCCAGCCACACAUUCGGCUUUCUGGUGGCUGGAUUUGGGCUGGCUCGUCCGUGUUGAGACCAAGGAAGACAGACACACCUGUGGUUUUCUCUGGAUCAGCUCUACGGAGCUUAUUACUUCUCUGAAUCACGGUCUUUAGCCUUGCUCCUGCCCUCACUCUGCCCUCUUGAGGCGUACUCUUGCAUUAGCCUUUGUUAUCGGGUGGUGUGUGUGCGUGUGUGUGUUCGAGAGUGUGUGUGAAAGAGAGAGAUCAUGAAUGCAUAGGUCUGCACUGUGUUUGUAUGUGCAUGUGUACGUAAGCCUGUGUGUCUGUGCUUGUGUGUCUGUUUGCUUGUGUGUGUGUGUGUGUGUGUGUUGAAACACAUCCAUCAGUCACCCUACCUCAAACCAGUGGUGCCAGCCCUUUGACGCGUGCAGCACAGUCACCAAACCUUAUUGCACACACACACCACUGUACUGCACAAAUCUCAACGCGAUAGAGAAAACCUGCAUUGCUUUUCUCUCACCUCUGAUACAUUUCCAUUUCAGUUUUAGCCCAUAAAUGCUUUCGUCCUUUGUUCCCUGUUUAAAGAUCGUCUUUGUACAGUGGACCAAAAUUCGAUAUUUUGUGAUAUUCAAAGAGAUAUAUAUAGAUAUAUAUAUAUGUGUAUAGUAUAUAUAUAUAAUGAUGAUACACUGCAUAUAUUUGUUGCUUUAUAUGUGAUUGUUUCUUUUCGUAGCUCUUCUGUAAGUAGUUCAUAGACUGUGAGAUGGGAAAGACAUGGGGACUAACUUCUGAUUCAUUCGACUACAUCUAUACUUGAACUGUUCUAACAUUCUAUGUUGUGGAGAUUAUUGAGAUUAAUCCUCUAAAUAGGAACAAUUUGUGACUAAAAUAUUUGUUUUUGUUUGUUUCAUGCUUGUUUAAAUGGUCUGCACGGUUUUUCUGCAGAAGUGUUUAUUUAUUGAUAUUUAUUGUGUUUUGGUUUAGAUGCUCGCUCAUUACACCAUAUUCUAAUGGGUGCUGAUGAUGAAUCAUGAAUUAUACCACUGCUUUGGCAGACCUACUGUAAAGGAGGACCAGGAGUUGUUGUUGUUUUUCUUUCAGUGUGUAGGUUUAUUAAGGUGGAGAAAAGGGAUGGCACUGUAUGUUCUGUACUCGCUUGUUGUCGGCUCCAUCACUAGUUAAUGAUUCCUUCUCCAGAGACGAGAGGGCCACAGGAUCUGUGUUCUUUGUGCCUAGCAGCAAAGGAGGGAGAGCAAGUACUGCAUGUCAUUUAUGUUUCUGGGUCAGUGGAAUCUCACAGAUGUUUGGUGAAAUCAUUUCCAUGACACUUUGGGAGAGAUCGGAAACGUUAACCCCGAGUCUGCUGGAUUGAAACGUCUGGCUUACCAGAUCUUGGAAUUGAGCGCACACAAAUCUGGCUUUUCUAUUCUAUUGCUUAAGAACAGUUUGAAAAGUCUGCGAGAAAAGGUCAAUGAGCUUCAAGUAGCUGGAAGUCGGAGGCCUGCGGCGUUUUGUUUACGUCAGUCCGUGACCAUAAUGAAUUUGCUCUUCGACUUCUGGUAUUAAACUGUUGGCAGAACACAGAAAAGGGAUGAAAAUACCCAAAACAAAAAUGAAUGCAGCCAAAAACUUGAGCCCUAGUUCAUCUCUUUCUCCAGAGCUGCAUAUCAAUCUGCAUUCUCAUAACUCUGACAAAAUGAAGUCUAUUCCCAAAAGCUCAAUCGGCUGAAAAGAAGUGAUGGCGUUUGGCUGGUGUCAAUUUUCAGAUGUUCUAAAUCUGGAAACUGUAACAAGUAUGAAUGAAAGUUGACGCUUUGUGUCAUUUGACCUUCUCUCACUGAAUGAUUUCAUUUCAUUUUCUCCCGACAUGAAUCUCAGCUCCCUCGUCAUAUAAAUCAAGUCCGACAUUGUAGAUGUAAACUUGUUUUAUUUUGUGCCUGAAGUGAAAACGGCUUAUACAAUGUCUAUCUUUAAAAUCUUAAUUGUGUGCUUUAGGGUCAUCAAGUGCUUUCUGGUCUUUCACGCCUACCAUCUGCUGCUUGAAAUAUUUUUUGUUUGUUUCAUUUUUGGUCUUUUCAUUAUAUUAUACAUAGACUUAUGUGCCAGACAGUGAUUUUUUUUUCUUUCCGCUUUCCGCAUCUCAAAAUCUGCCCGGUCGUAACCGGGCAGAUGCUAAUGCUGCCAACACAGUUGUACUUUAUUUCUCAGUGUCUUUGGAAUUGAGAAGUGAGAUUGUUUCUGUAACAGCUGUUUUUUGAAAGGAGCGCAUUUCCAACCAGAGGGAGGGAAAGAAAGAAAGACAUAAGCUAUUCCUUAACUUGUCAUAGGAGCGAAAGCUGAAGAGUGGGCGACGUGGCAGCUUCACUGACCCAGAGCAGACUCCAGUGCCUUUAAGUUCCCCCCGGCCAGAGCAGAUGGCCGAGGCGACUAUUGGGUCUCUGGUGGGUGGUGGUGAGGGAGGUGCUGCCACUGAAGACACCAGCGAAGCAUAAAUACCUGUCUUCAGACUGGACUACUUAUCAGCUGGAUGUGACUCCACACACAUACUUGUAGUAGUUUACACGUGGUAGAUGACCUGCAGACGGCUUUUUAUUGUACAGAACUGGUUCAUGAACAAGGUGAGUUACUGUAAGUAAAAUGCUCUUUUGAAUUGUUUUUUUCUCAUGAUCGUGAUUUCUUUUGUCAAAUGAUAUUUUUCUGAAUGCUGUGACCCGUUUGAGAUUUGUAUUUGGAUGUUUUCAAGUGCCAUUUGACAGUCUAGUGAGUCGUGGCCAUCUGUAGCACGCUCUAAUGCAAGCACAAGCAUUUGGCAGUGGCAUUUGGGGAAGUUUUUUUUUUUUUUUUGUGUUCACCUUCGACAAAUAUGUAUAUAUCAAAAUCUGAAAAAAAGGUAUAUUUAUUUGUGUCUUAAUUAUUUGAUUUAUUCUUUUGGUGAACAUCUUAUCAGAUUUGUUGGCUGAAGUGCUUUCUUUCUCUUUUUUUGGAUAAUGUAUAAUAUCUGAUAUAAUAUAUACAGACAUUUCAUGUGACUUUCUUUUUGUGUGCAAUUAAGUUACUUCUCAAAUUGACAAACGAACCAAUGCGUGUAGGGUGAUUUGUAUCGUGUAUUUUACAUACAAAAAACGAGGACAAUUGGGGGACUUUUAUAUUUAUAAAGACAUUAUCAUUUAGUGUGUCGUAUUGAUGAAUAUAGAAACUAUUAAAGACACAUGUAGUUUGGUUUUCUGAAUAUUUCAGAUCUCAGCUCAGGCUAGCUUCUUAGUGUUGUUUUCUUAAAAUUUGUGACUCGUCUUUGCAGUAAUAAAUGUUUUCUUGUUCAA